CCAAGGAGCAUUUUGUUGGUGAGCACACCCAGAACAAAACGCUCGGAGUAGGUUGGGAUAAUACGCACGAUGAAUUGUAUUACACUACAAAAAUCGAUCCCUUGCCUAACUCGUCGUACUUAAAUAAACGAAUAAUGUUGUCGAUUAUUUCACAGAUUUACGAUCCGUUAGGCCUACUUUCUCCUGCGGUGAUAAUUUCCAAAAUUUUGCUUCAAAAAUUAUGGUUAAGUCGUAUAGAUUGGGACACUCCGGUCCCAGAAGACAUUAAAUCAAUGUGGAAUAAUUUCAUAAAUACUUUGAGCCGUUUAAACGAUUUACGAAUUCCGCGUCAUGUAAGGGGUGUACACACUGGACAUACGGAAUUGCAUAUUUUCUCAGAUGCAUCGUUGCAUGCUUACGGCGCGUGCGCUUAUAUACGAACAUAUGAUGAAGGGUCAGAUGUAACUGUCAGAUUAUUGUGUGCUAAAAGUAAAGUCGCACCCCUGAAAUCUCUAACUAUCCCCAAACUCGAACUUUCAGGAGCGCUCGUUGCUGCUAAACUUUACAAGAAAAUAACUGAUUCCUUAAGGUUAGUGUUCACUAAAGUUUACUUCUGGUGUGACUCAACUAUAGUUAUUUCCUGGCUAGGCAUGUCUCCGCAUUUAUUGAAGCCUUUUGUUCAAAAUCGCGUUACGCAAAUAAACGAUCUCACCGGUAAUGCGACAUGGUUGCAUGUGAGAAGCGAAGACAACCCUAGUGAUUUAUUGUCUAGAGGCGUUGCUUUAGACAAUUUAAUUGAUUGUGACUUAUGGUGGUUCGGACCAUCAUUUUUGCGCGACCCAAAAUCGGAUUUUAUUAAUGACAAUACGAGUAAAAAUACGGCAGUCGAAGAUUUACCCGAGUUACGAUCGACCGCGGUAAGCUUAGUUUGCAAUCAACCAGAUGAAUUAUUUAAUUUCGAUAGAUGUUCAUCUUACAUUAAAUUAGUUAGAAUCGGCGCGUAUGUACUCCGCUUUAUAUUAAACUCACGCAUCAACUCUGAGCGUAAACAACUCCGCCAAACCGGUUCAUUAUCGGUGGACGAGCUCAGUGCAUCACGUCUUAUGCUAGUUAGAUUCGCGCAGAUGCAAUCAUUUCCGGACGUUUACGAUAAUUUACUUAAAAAUAAACCGCUUAAGACGAAUAGUAAACAAUAUAAUCGUAUAUCCGGCCUUAACGUGUUUUUAGACGAUCGUAAUAAGUUAAAAGUGAUUAGAGUCGGUGGUAGAUUGUGUAAUUCCACAAGUUUCGAUUACAACAAAAAACAUCCCAUGUUAUUGUGCAGUAAACAUAAGUUAACGGUGUUGUUAUUCAAUUACGAACACAAGCGGCUGCUCCAUGCCGGACCGCAGCUACUCUUAUCUACUUUGCGUGAAUGUUGCGGUGGCCUUUAGGUGCGCGAAAUUUGGCAAGGAAGAUAGUUCGAGAAUGCGUUACCUGUAUUCGAAUGAAAGAUCCUACUGAUUUAUCCCCGCUCACGCCUGCCCAUUUCCUAAUUGGUCGGCCGUUGACCUGCCCUGCUAGCGAGGACCUGACGGAUGUGCAGCCUUCCCGCCUGUCUCGCUACGCCAGGAUCGAAGCCCUACGUCAACACUUCUGGCGUCGUUGGUCCACUGAAUACGUUACGGAGCUCCAGCGGCGAACCAAGUGGAAGACUCAGAAGGACGACAUAGCGUUAAACAGUCUCGUUCUAAUCAAAGACGAUAACCAGCCUCCUCUCAAAUGGCGGUUAGGCCGAGUCACGCGUCUAUACCCUGGGAGCGAUGGCGUGAACCGUGUCGCCGACAUCCUCACGGCGACAGGAACAAUACGACGCAGCUUUUCAAAGAUCUGCCCGCUACUACCAGAGCCGGCAGACCUAGACGGAUGAAGACUACUUUGGGAGAUGGUGCUCCCAAGGCCGGGGGCAUGUUCACGCACCUACUAGCGACACCUAGCGGCGCUGCGACGACAACUGCCAUACCGCCCCUCUCCGCGCUCAUCUUGUCUCGUU